AUGAAAUAUUUUCAAAAUGGAAUUAACUAAAUUUGUGCAUAAAUCAUUCGACCAUUAAGAGCUGAAUAUCAAUAAUAUGAUUUAGGUAUUUAUUAUUAUCUAUUAAUAAUUAUAGGACCUAUUUAAGAUUAAACAUAUACAAGAAAUGAUUUUGAUUUAGUUAAUCAUUGUUAAUAAAGGAUAAAAGUAUCACUAUUUUAAGGUAAUGUUUAAAGUGAUAUUUGUAUCAUUUAUUUACAUUCAGCUAAUGGUUGUAGAUUAGAAGCAUUAAGAUAUGUGAAUGAUAUCUUGAAUUAAAAUUAUAUGUUUCUUACUUUUGAUUUUACUGGUAGUGGUAUAUCAGAUGGAAAUCAAGUUACAUAUGGUUAUAGAGAAAUUUAUGAUUUGCAGACUGUUAUUACACAUAUUAGUUAAUAUGUUAAAACUAUUAUAUUAUGGGGAAGAUCUAUGGGUUCUGUAGUUGCUUUGCUAUAUAUGUAAUAAUUUCAAAAUGUUUUUGUCAAAUGUUUGAUACUUGAUAGUCCCUUUAUUUGUUUGUAAGAUGUAUUCAAAUUAUCCUAUUUGAGAUUGUAGUAUAAAUGGCUUCAAAAAGAACUAAAAUUCCAAAUUUCAUUUUGAAUUCUUUAUCAUCUUAUGUUUCAGAUGAAAUAAAAAAUCAAUGUGGUUUUACUUUGAAUGAGAUCAAUUGGUAAUUAUAUAUAUUUAAUAAUAUUUCUUAGUUUAAAUAAUAUAAAAUUUAUUAAUAUACCUGCAUUUUUUAUUACUUCAAAGAUUGAUACAGUAGUUUCAUAUGAAUAAACUGAAAAAUUAUAUAAUAAUUACUAAGGAAUCAAGACAAUCUAUUAUACUAAUUAAGAUCAUAAUGAAACAAGAGAUUUUACUUUGGUUGAUUAAAUAAUGUGUUGGUUAAAUCAUUAAUUAUUAAGUGUUGAUUAAAGAAUCAAAUAAAAAAUAAUAUUUAAAGAUCAUACAAUUCCAAUCAAAUUGAUUGAUCUUAAUAAUUUAAAUAAUAAAGAGAGAUCUUCAACAUUUGAUGGUACAAAUAUCAUUAUUUUAGAUAAUAGAAUAAUGUCAAUAUCUCCAAAACAAAAAAUUACAAAUGUUCAAUAAAGAUUUCAAUAAGUUUUAUAAACAUAGAGAUCAGCAUUCAUUGAGAGAUCUAUUUCUACUAAUAAAAUGAAUGUAUCUAUAGAUGUUUAUGAUACUAAUUAAAUUAAAUUAAUCAAUCAAAAUAAAAUCAAAUAAUAAAACUAUUAUAAUUAACAUACAAAACCUAUUACAUUUACAAAAGUACCAAAUAAAACAAGAGAUUCAAGUCAUCAUAGAUAUUGA